AUGAUGUCUCAGGGCAAAGAACAAGGAAACAAUAGAGAGCUACUGAACUCUUCUUUUUACUCCUCGAGCUCUAUUAACACUUUGGAUCAUGCAAGAAACUUCCGAAACUCGUUGAUUUUGAGAGAUAUGUCGGACCAUAGUUUGGAAACAUCUUUGAAAUCUGAUAAUUCCUAUCCCGAUGAAAAGCCAAUCAAUGGGGUGCAUGUAUUGCCACAGCAGAUAGCACGAGACGAGGAGACUGUUACCAUGAAAAUGAGCACGUCCCCUUCUUUGAGUGCACUGGCUGGUAUAUUAAAUGAAAAGAGCAGGUUAGCUCAGCAACAAGCUAAAAAUUCAAUCAAAACUGUGAAUGUCAUAAGUGAAGAAACAGACUUUUACGAUCCAAACCCAACAGCAAGUCGAAAUGAUCCUGUAAUGUCUCCUAAUCUCAUAGAUGUUGAUGGCAACGAUAGCAUUCAUUUUCCUAAGAUCGCACCUCCGCCUAACGCACUCAUAUCUGAACAGCCAGAUUUUCUUAGCUCUCCAAAAAUGGACCGCAAUAAAUCUCAGUCUUUUAAAGAAUUGCCCAAAGAACGUGGUGGCAUCAAAAACGAUAGCAGACAUGAACCUGAAACAUCAAUCGUCAAUGAUCAUAUGUCUUAUGACAAAAACGUCAAACAGAAAAUUGAUUCUGGAGAAGCAUCACAUCAUCUGUCUGCUUCUAUAAGCUCAAUUGGGCCUAAAAAGAAGAAAAAUAUAUUCUCUUUUCUCAGGAGAAGAAGUUCAGCAGAAAUUAUACCGAAAGAGAGCACAAAUACCCCAGAUUCCAAAUCAGGGAUACCUAAUUCAAGCUCCUUUUCGUCGGGAACACUGGUAUCCUCUCAAACCCCUACUCGAAUGACGAAAAAGUCGUAUAGCAGUAACAAUAUUUUCAGUACUUUCAAAAAGGGUAAAAAUAAUAAAGAAGAAAGUGCCAAUCGUACUCGUUCGCACUCCACUACGGCCCCACUCAGUGAGAAAUCCGAUGUGAAAAUCAUCAAUUCACGCACCGAUGAAAGCAUCAAGCUCCACAAAACACGAUCACCUAGCAUUCAUAAAGAACCUAAAUUUAGAAAGCCCACACCAUUGAGCUUUGAACACAUUGAUAUGAGUAAAUCGUCUCUCUCGCAAGCUUUGAUACCUGAAUCUACUCCUUCAGAUGAGAAUAAUGAGGACACACUCCUACCUGAUGAUUCAAGGCUGGAUACAGGAGAAGUCCUUUUUCCAAAAUCCUUAAGUAAACAUGAGGUCGACUCCAUAGUCUCUUUAGAGCGAUGCAGAUCUACAAAAUCGAAUAAGCGUAGCUCCAUUGCGUCGCAUAGAAGAUCUUUAACAGAUACAUUAUCAAUAAAUGCUCAGAAUGAGGGCAUGUUUGUAACAGAAGGAUCAUCAAUAGUUAUAUCAACACCGGAUCUGACGAAAUCGCCGACUAGCAGUAUUUUGAGGAAUGGAACAUUUGAACCUUUGGAAUUUGCUUCAAAUAGCUCUGUGGUACAUGAUGAGAAUGGGUUACCACCAACAGAACUGAUAGAUAUUGGUGACUUAGAAACGUAUCCAAAGGUAAACAGCUUCUCACUUCACUCAAUUGAAGAAAAAUUAAAUGAGAUGACGUUAGACGCGGACAAAGAGUUAGGCUUAAGCAAAGAUGUUGGUAUUCAGUCUUUCAAAAAGGAGAUGGCAGAUGACCCCGAACUCAUGUCCGAUAUAAUGGAGUUUGCUAGUUUGAUAAACUUUGGGGAUGGAAUAAAUAUUGAAAUUGAUGACAAGGCAAUCGAAACACCUUAUAAGACUGUAAUGCCCUCAAGAACUUCGGAUCAUUCUUUGAACGAAACGCAAGAGCUAGAUUCAAUGCACCUGAGUCAAAGCCAGUUUGGUAGUGAGAAAGAGGAUUUAAAUUUAUCGUUUGGUGAACAUUUUGGCUCUGGCGAAGGCUUUGAAGCCCAUAAGCAUAAUUCUUCACCUGAGAAAUACAUCAGUGAAGACUUGCACACUGCUGACGAAUAUGAUGGCUUUGAAAAUGAAAACUUCAAUGAAAUAGGUAGAAGUUCAGAGAAUACGCCUCAGAUACGGCAACUUAUUCCUGAUUCUCAGAUGGCAAGACCAUUAUCCAUGUCAUUCCGGGGAUUGAGAGCUCCGAGUCUAAAUGCCUCUCUUUUGGAUUCUUCUGUGAUUGAGUCCUCUUUAAACACUGGUGAAUAUGUGACAUCUAGUGUCACGGAUAAAACAUUAAAUCGAGUUAGUUUUUCCUCAAGAAUAAUACUGUACGAUACCUACGCAGAAGAUGAGUAUGAUCGGAAACCUGAUAUUGCAACUUGUAAUCAAUUGACUCCACAAUUAGCUCAACUAAUAAAAGCAGAGCUCAAUGAAUUAAAAUGUGGCAUGGAAGUACAUGAGGAAUCAAAGUGCUACACCCAUUUUUAUUGA